UCCAAAUCGUACGUUUUUAUUGCCGAACCAGCGGUCCGUUUGGUCGCGUAGACUGUCCGUACAACACUGAGGGUAGAAUACAGCCGCGCUAGCCAGUUGGAAUCCGCUACUUGGGGUUUUGGUCAUGCGAACUCGGAGAUUCGCGCGCCAGCAGUUUCAUAAUCAUUGACAUCACGCCUGUGAAGCGCGAUUCCAGUUAUAACGCUCUUUCGGGUCACAUCAAGAGGACUGGAACCGUCGCAUGUCCAUACAAUGGUUGCGAUCUGCGCAGCAUAUAGUGAAUGAAGUGUUUGUAUAUGUUCCGAUGGCGCAUUUCCGAACAACGGAGUCAACUGAACCGCUGCAGGGGGUUCCGGCAGAGCGAGAGAGUUCGGCUGAGAAGAAUCCUCAGCGGCAGGCGAUAACGGGAUGGUUUCCGGAAUUGAAGCUUGAAUCUAGUCGUCGUGUCAAGGGGAAGUUCGGAUUUCGACCCUCAAUCCCCACCAAAGUCCCCACUUUUCCCAACUGAGUAACGAGGACAAGCACACGGUCCGAGAAAGUCUGGAUCACGAUUUCUGUCUUGAUUCCUUCCAGAUCGGCGGACAUUUGACGAGACAUGACGCUCUAGUAAAGGGAUCCAAGAUUGGGAAAGAUACGAUCUGGUCGUGGUUCAGAAUGAAGCUCAAUGAGGUCUCAUGGAAUGCGCGUCACACACUGAACAAUCAGGUACAAACUUGACCUGAUCCAUCAUGAGCACCUCGAAAGGGAAGGGGAAGGAGGAACCGCAGUGGUCUUCGGGGUGGUGGGAUUUCUACGAACAGACUCAAAGACCUGUAGUGUGGACAGCCACUUCUACAAUCUUCUCCGCUCAUCCAACACAACCCAUAGUAAAUGCGCGUCAUUCCUCAUCUUCCAAGCAGUUUUCUCUCCCCUCUCCUCCACCCAUCGUCUCGUCUCCGGCGUCAUUCGAGCCACCCCGUGUCAUAGCGGAUUCCCCUGCAGGAGACUGGCUUUACGCUUAUUUCCCGGCGGUCGGCGAAACUGACGGAAUCUCGUGCUUAUGGCAGCGUUCUGCGCCUCUUGACGAUUGGAAUGUUAAGCAAUGUUGGGCACUGCGUCCUGGUGCCGGGAUCGUCGCUGCUGGCUGGCUGGGUGGUUCACGCAAGUGGUCGUGCGAUGAGUCGGGCGUACCGAGAAGACUUCCUCUUCGUGGACCGCACACGCCCUUGGCUGAAGCAGCUCUCGUACUGGUCACCGAGUCUUUCGAUGUGACUGUGUGCUAUUUGCGCUCAUACAUCCGUGAAUGGAAAAUGCUCACUUGCACGCUCAAUCAACCGGCAGUUGCAAUUGAAGAUCGGCCUAAUUCAACUGAAAUCCCCUCCUUCAAGACCGGUGUUGUCAAGACAUGUGUGGGUGCUUCGAUAGGCAUGGCCUAUAACGGCGAGUGUGACCCGUUUCGGCUCCCACUACUACGUCAAUUUGGUCUUAGAAUCCUCGAUCUUGGUGGCCUAUCGUUCUCGUGUACUGCCCUCAACAUCCGUCGGUGACCGAACUGCCAACCCUCUUCAACUUCCAAUGAAUUUAGAUCUGACCCCGUCAGAGUAUGAAUCUCCUCUGGAAUGGCAAAAUUGGGGCGAAGCUUCGGCCAUUGAACUCUGUGAGGUCAAAAUUGAAGCUACCAGUUUUCUUAUCUCGGUUUCAACGACUCCCCUCCCGCCUGUUGAAGGAUCUAGCAUGUCUCUAAGGCAUCUGAUGUUCUUCUCACCUAUGGAUGAUAGCAAGUUGUAUCUUGCGAGUAGCUAUCUGGAUUUCGGAGAUUACGCAGCUGCUCCGAAAUCAGAACUGUUUAUCCAUUCUCUCGCCCGUUCGUCCGCCGACGAAAGUCGCAACUGGACUUGCAUCCUCAGUGCCCGUCGCUCCUACUCAGAAUCGGUCUUGACUUACAUCGUCCUCAAUCCGGGUGGACCCACGGGACAAGGAUCCGGGCUGCUUGCAGGGCUCUUGAAAGUGUCAGGACCGAUUCCUGUUAAUAAAUCGCAGCACAGAAGCAUCGUGAUAGGAUCGACGCAUCUGUUGAGCUUACCAGAACUGGCGGAGCACGAGAGCUGGGCUCCCAGUCAAGUGGUCGUUCCUCUCGAGUCAGCCGGGCAAGAGUUACCCACCCACGGGGUUCUGUCUCCCAACAACACGACGCUACUCUGCACUUCGACGACCCGCCUUUCCUUGCAGUCAAUCCCUCGACAUAAAUCCGAUGUUUCCUCGAUGAUAGACCUGACAGCGAGAAUUGCCACCUGUCUUCUUUCAGGCAGUUCCGCUGCAGACAUCACCCAUCUCCUCGUUCGAUCGUCGAUUACGCUAGAAGUUGUUGGUCAGACGCUGCAUGCUGCUUUCAAGAUGGUCAAUAACGGCCAAGACAAGGGAACCCUGAUCCGCCGUGGUUUGGGGCUGGUCCUGGAGACCUACAGAUCUCGCGCCAUCCAAAACGUGUCUGAGAGCGAGCGAUUGGGCAUCCGCUGGCACACAGCGCUUGAUGUGUGUUCCCUUGCCUCGUGCAAGACAGCCUUCGAGGAUUGUCGAGUGGAUGGUGCCUUUGAUCUUGAUGCUGUAUGGCAGCUGGUCAGUCUUUCUGCGUGGGUCGUAAGCUUCGUGGAGCAGCUUUUGAAAGACUGCGUGCUUGCUGUGGCUGCUGCCGAGAGCCCCGCUGUUCCCUGGUACCUCGGGCAUGCCUACACCCUGGCUUGCUUGCACACUGUGCUUUCGGAUGUCAUCCAAUUCAGACCAAAAUCACCUCGCGCUGCGUGCGAUGUGUCCAAACUGGAGGUGCUUGUCAAGGAGUUGCUUGCUGAAACGCAGUCGACUGUUCCAGACGACGAAUCGCUCCGGUGUCUGGCCUUCUGCGAGGCGACCCCCUCGAUGCAUUCGCAUCUUCAAAUGGCCGCACACAAAUUGGCCUCGCAGACGAUCGUGGACAAAACCCGACUGUUUGUUCAGCGACAUGAACUGAUGGAGGAUGGAGGGGAUGUCCGCAAGGAACGAGUCAGAGACAUUGUCACCAAAACUGCCUUACCUGGCGCUCGGACCCGCGGGCUGACGUGCGUUCGAUGCGGUGGGCGCUCCGAAGCAGCUCGUAGCACCGCCCAGCACGCAUCCGAUGCCUGGAAAGCGUGGGAACACGUUUGGAGCAAACACUGUAUCUGCGGAGGCAUGUGGCUAGCAGGUACCCAAUAA